UCGCAUAGCAUGGUCGCCCGUCAAUCUGUCGGACUUGAAAGGUUUCUCGGUCUCGUGCCGCCGCCGGUGCGACGUCUGCGUCGCAUCAGGCGUGCAUACACGUAUUCUUCGGUUGAAAUACAAUGCGUACACGUACGCUUGUAUUUAGUAUGUUGUUCUUUCCCUUGGCCAGCUUCAUUUUCGAACUGUGUACGGUUGCAACGACCAAUGGGACGUCUGGUAGGGAGACCGUGCCCCUCAUUGGAGAUCCGAAGGACAACCGGUUUCUUACCCGUUUAGUGCGCAAUCGCGAUUGGAGUGGGACGCAAGUGUGCGCUUUGGAGCUAGUGUGGAAAUAAGGCUUUCUCGGAAAAUUUAGUUUUGUGUUUACUUCUUGCGUUCCUGUUCUUUUAAUGUCGUUUUCGUCGCGCACUGUUCGUACACCUUUAUGUUCUGUUUUGUUUAACGCAUGAUGGAAAGAAGAGGUUUUGGUUUUUUUACGAAAAGAUCUCAACAUUACGACAGUCUCCAACAAGUGGACAGUCAGCAGCAACAACAGCACCACCACCAUCAGAAACAACCUCUGAAAGAAAUAAAUUCAAACGCUAAUUCGACAAGCGAUUCCAAACAAAAUCGACUGAACAAUAAUAACGAAGAAGACCAUCAGAACCAUCAAGAACCAGAGUCAACGCAAAGGGACACCCCCGAUAACUCGAACCAACAACAACAACAAGGCAGCAGGUCGUUGCAGUGUCUAGAAACAUUGGCCCAAAAGGCUGGCAUACACGACAUUACCGCCGACGAUUGCAAAUAUGAUAUCGCCAACACACUUCUAAAUCUCGACAGAGGUCACGACAAUAAUUUAAUCAAACAAGAAUAUCAUACGACGAGUAACGGCAACAAUAUGAGCGAGAUAAAAACUCAACAGCAGCAGUCUCUUUGGUCAAGGGAUCAAUAUUCCUUACAGAUGGUUGAUGCAAACGCCCAGGCUCAAGCCCAGGCUCAGGCUCAGGCCCAGGCUCAGGCUCAAGCUCAAGCCCAACAACAGGCCGUACAACAACAACAACAACAGCAACAGCAGCAACAACAACAGCAGCAGCAACAGCAACAACAGCAGCAACAAGCCAUCCAACAAGUAACUCUUCAGCAGCAAGAUCAGCAAAUGGUUUCUGCUCAAAGCCCACAACAUUUGCAACAAGUUGCUGUCGCAUCUUCUGCACAGCAGUGUGUUCAGCAGCCUUCGACGAUGGGUCCUCCCCAGCAUACUGUUUCGCAUCAGCAAGUGCAAGGGGGUCAAGUCCUCCAGGCUCAAGGAGGGCAAGUUCUUACACCUGCCCAAUCUGCAAACACCACCAUAACUACAAUGUCUCCCCUGCAGCAAGGCCAAACUCCUCAUCCCCAACAAAUUAGUGCUGAUUGGAGUCACGGACGUGCGGUACAAGUCAUUCAACAACCAUUACAAAAUCCUACGUAUUUACAACAACUUUACAACACCCAAGGACAACUUCUUAUGCCUGGUAAUAUAGCCUUGCAUCCUGGUAUUAACCCUCAGCAAAUACAGGUCAUAACAAAACCUUUUCAAGGGAACCAAAUUGGUCCUCAUAUGCUGACUACGGCUCAAGGAAAACAAGUUUUACAAGCCAGUCAGGGAGCGACAUUUCCGGGAUAUACGACCAUUCCAACGAUCCCAACUACUCAGAACCAACAAACACUAGUCUUUAGCCAACUGGGAGUUAUAAGCACUCAACCAAACAUAUUACCAUCACAUUCAGCAGCUGGCAACACAAUAGCCCAACAAAAACCCCAAGAAAUGCAUAAGGUGAUGACGGGGCAGAAAGUGAUGCAAAAAGUCGGUAAUACGAGUAACGCUGUCGCAGGGGCACCCCAACAGCAAGGACAAUGCGUUCAGGUUUCUCAAGCAAUGAUCGGAUCCCAACCAACAGCACAAAUUAUCAGCCCUAUUCAGCCGGGUGGUCAACCUAUGCAGUUUGCUACUCCGUGGCAGUUUACACCUCAAGUGUGGACCACUAAUGGACUUCAAAGUCAAGCCCUGUUGACGUCUAAUCCGAUUUUUAUAAGAGGCACACAGCCGGAUGGAACUCCGGGGCCCGGAAUGUUUAUUCAACAGAGCCCGCAAGCCACUGCGAUACAAGCGCAACAAAACCCUGCUUUAACCCAGAACACAAUGCAACAAAUGGGCAAACCCAGGCCAGCAAACGAGAAUAUUCAACCAAAACAACCAACUAGUAGACCAUUAAAUAUUCUACCAUCAAAUGCUGCUAACAUACGGCCCGCAAGUUCGGUAUCAACCCAAACCAUCGCAGCCCAAACCCAGGUUGGAAUGGGGGCAAAACCAGGAAAUAAAGUGAGGGCGAAAGCUCCAGGAAUUCGGACGUCACCCGCGCCAAAAGCAGAUGCGGCCAAUCAAACCCAAAUAAAACCGUACUCGAAUCUUCAGCCUCAUCACUUGGUUUCGACGAACAAACAAGAACAGAAAGACAAAACGUGGUAUUUGUGCGUUAAUAACGAAAGAAUGUUAGUGAUGAACACUUCGACAGGCAUGACAAUGACACCCAACUCUCCUAUGAAUCAAGAUAAACAGCAACAAAUGGCUAACCAAACCAAACAACAGCAAGCUCAACAGCAGCAACAGCAACAGCAAGCUCAGCAACAGGCUCAACAGCAAGUUCAACAACAACAACAACAGCAAGUCCUUAUUCAGCAGCAAAUGCAACAACAGCAAGCUGCCAUGCAACAGUUUCAGAUUCAACAACAGGCUCAACAACCGCAACAUAUUCAACCGAAACCCAUGAUGACAAUGCAAACUAUUCAAGGAAUUCAACAGCAGCAAAUUGUUGGCGAUAGACCGAUCAUGCCGGUAGUUUCAAUGGCUGCAGCGCAAGCAAACAAUCAGCAAAUGCAACAGACAAUUCAACAGGCUUUGCCCAAUGCUGUGCCCCAAACGAUACCUCUGCAGCCUAACCUCGCGGUUACCCAACAAGCCAUGCCUAUGAGUAUGCAACAGAUACAUCCGCAACUGGCUCAAAUGGCACCAGCUGGGACCAUAAUUGGACAAAUCCAAACAGCCCCUGCAAGUGCUACAGCAACGAUAUCUCAGGUGGCUCCUACGCAAAUACAACAAAUUCAGCAGAGUAAUCAGCAACAAACGCUUACUAUUCCUGCCCCGCAACAUGUGCCUUUACCGCCAUCGGUACCGCCCUUGAAAAAAGAAGACGCGAAUUCGGAAAACAACGAAAACAACUCUUUACCGUCCACAACUCAUGCAGAUCCUUCUGACGAAGCACAUAGUAAAGACAAUACCACAGAAGUUUCAAAUAGUCAAAUUGACAAGGAUACUAUUCAAAUUCCUGAAAUUAAACCGUUAAUAAAUAUUAUCGACCGACCUCCAACACCAACAUCUGCUACUCCUAUCCAGCCUACACCAAUUCCCGGUACGGUCCCUUCUCAACCUACAACAAGCACUCCCGAGAAUGGUCUUCCAAUCGCUGCUACUGCAGAAGAAGUUAAAGAGCGCUGUCCUCCCAAAGCAAUGGUAAAACCUCAAGUGUUAACGCAUGUCAUUGAAGAUUUUGUGAUACAGGAAUCUUCAGAACCAUUCCCAGUAAUGAGAAGUGUCCUCUUGGGUGAACUAAAACCCACACAAUCGUCUGUUGACAAGGAUUCUGACGAACCAUCUCGUAAAAAACGUGCUCUAUCACCUAACAGCAAUGUUGUAGGAAAUUCACCGAAGGGUGAGCUGGCCAAAUGCGAGGCCUGCGGCACCGUAGAUCUGAGAGCAAAAUUUAAGAAGAACAAACGGUUUUGUUCUGUAGCUUGUUCUAAAAAGGAGAAGAAGUUGGAUGAUCUGAAAAGCAAAUGGGGUAAAGAUGAGGGGAUGGAAGUUGAUGGUGAAUCGGGAACAUCAGGUGGUGAGAGCAAUCUCAGCUCAAGUGAACCAGCAGCUUCCACGGAAAAUGGAGACGAUGGCCCUAAAAUUAAUCCACUUAAAUGGACUGUGGCAGAAGUGUGCGAGUUUAUUCGUAAUUUACCAGGAUGUUGUGACUAUGCAGAGGACUUUUUGAUUCAAGAAAUUGACGGUCAAGCCCUCAUGCUGUUGAAGGAGGACCAUUUGAUGACGGCGAUGGCAAUGAAAUUAGGACCUGCACUUAAGAUAGUCGCAAAAAUCGACGACAUGAGAAUAGACAAGCAACAGCCACAACAAUGAAUAUUGAAUGUGAAUGGGAAUAAAAUAAUGGUUUAAAUUAUGUAACAUUGUAAAUAGUGUAUAUUAUUAUCUCACUCGGAAAGACUGUUUAAAUAAUUUAAUAGACAAGGGUUAACAGUGUUAUGGGGGACACCCCCAUAAUUUCACUGAGUAAACCCUAAAUAUGUUUUUAUCAUACAUUCUAUAAUUAAAUGGCCGAUGUAAAUAUGAUACUAGUUGCGUAAUUGUAGGUUACAGUGUGCUUUAAAAAUGGAAAAACAAUUUUUUAAGUUGAGUUUUCGAAACCAAAUUUGUGUUCAAAUAUUAAUUUAUAAAAUGGAAUGUAAGGUAAAUGAGUUUUUAAAAUAUCUGCCGUGCAAUUUUUGUAAUAUUUCAAAUUACAAUUUUGUAUGCCUGCAUGUUUAUACAUAUUAAUUAAUAUUAAGUGUGAGUGUGUGUGCGAGUAAACUGCCAGUAAGAUAAAAUGAUAAUAAAACGUUUGCAUAUUUUUAAAUUGCACUUUCUGUUAUGAAAAAGGUGCAAUAUAUUGCGUUAUUGGAACACCAUCACAACACAAUGAGAGAAAGGUACAUAAAUAAAUACAUUGUCAAUGAAGCAACAUAAAGCAUAAUAUUUCAUAUCCACUUAUUUUACAGAUAUUUUUACCAAAAUUGCUUCAUGUACUGGAUGUAAGAUCUAUCAUAAUCAUGUAGUUAAAAUUAAAAUAUAAUUCUGAAAAAAA